GCGCUCCACCCUCCGUCCCGGGGGGGGGGGAAGGACGAUGGCGGCGAGGAUUGCGUGGCCGCAUUUCCGGCAGCUGCUGGUGGCCCACCGCUCCUACUGCAGCCCCCGGCUCCUGCCCCUAGCCAGGCCGACUAUGGCGAACCUGUGCCCCAGCCGGCUGAGCAGUACCGGCCCAAGCCUCGCCACUGGCCCUGCUUCCCUGGCACGCUCUGGAGGUUUCGUGGGAGGCCGCUGGCUCCAGGCGGCAGCCACUUUCCCCGUGCGGGACCCGGCCACCGGCAUGGAACUCCUCCAGGUAGCGGAUUGCGGCGUAGUUGAAGCGGAGGCCGCCGUGAAGGCCGCCUACGAAGCCGGCGCUGCUUGGAGCGGAGCUUCUGCUAAGGAUAGAGCGGUUUUGCUUCGUAAAUGGUAUGAUUUGAUGAUAGAGAAUAAAGAUGAACUUGCAAGGAUCAUUACAGCAGAAAAUGGAAAACCACUGAAGGAAGCAGAAGGGGAAAUCUUGUAUUCAGCUUCUUUCUUGGAAUGGUUUGCUGAAGAAGCCCGGCGUAUUUAUGGUGAUAUUAUUCCACCUUCAGCAAAAAACAGGAGAGUCCUUGUGUUGAAGCAGCCUGUGGGAGUUGCUGCCAUCAUUACACCUUGGAAUUUUCCAAGUGCCAUGAUAACCCGAAAAGUAGGUGCUGCUUUGGCAGCUGGCUGUACAGUAGUAGUGAAGCCAGCUGAAGACACACCUUUAUCUGCCUUAGCACUAGCCGAGCUUGCAAAUCAGGCUGGAAUUCCUGCGGGAGUAUAUAACGUUGUUCCAUGUUCCAGACAACAGGCAGCAGCAGUUGGAGAGGUACUCUGUACUCAUCCCUUGGUAGCCAAAAUCUCAUUUACUGGCUCAACAGCUACAGGAAAGAUAUUGCUACGCCAUGCUGCUGGCACAGUCAAGCGGGUUUCCAUGGAGCUCGGAGGACAUGCUCCGUUCAUAGUCUUUGACAGUGCUGAUGUAGAUAAAGCAGUUGCUGGAGCUUUAAUAUCUAAAUACAGAAAUUCAGGGCAGACCUGUGUAUGUGCAAACCGCUUCUUGGUUCAGAAAGGGAUCCAUGAUGAAUUUGUCAAGAAGUUUGCCCAAGCCAUUCAGAGGGAACUACGUAUUGGCCAUGGAUUCGAUGAAGGGACUACCCAAGGGCCAUUAAUUAAUGAAAGAGCUGUGGAAAAAGUUGAAAGUCACAUUGAUGACGCGGUGUCCCAAGGAGCAUCUAUAGUUACUGGAGGAAAAAGGCACAGCUAUGGAAAAAAUUUCUUUGAGCCAACUCUGCUUAGCAAUGUGUCAACAAGUAUGUUAUGUACCCAAGAGGAGACUUUUGGGCCUUUGGCUCCAGUUAUCAAAUUUGAUACAGAGGAAGAAGCACUCGCCAUUGCAAAUUCAGCCAAUGUGGGUUUAGCAGGUUAUUUCUAUUCUCAAGACCCAGCCCAGAUUUGGAGAGUCGCUGAAAAGCUGGAAGUUGGAAUGGUUGGUGUUAAUGAAGGGAUUUUAUCUUCUGUGGAGUGUCCCUUUGGUGGGGUCAAACAAUCAGGGCUAGGAAGAGAAGGUUCUAAAUACGGUAUUGAUGAGUACUUAGAAAUAAAAUAUGUUUGUUUGGGAGGUUUACAAUAGCCAUUGUUACAACAGUAGCCAAAAUAGAACUAUAGUUUUGGCCUUUUGUAGUCUUUUGUUUAGCAAGUUAACUUGGAUUUUUUUUUUUCAUAAAAUAACUGUGAUCAGGUUUACAUAUAGAGAUGUCUUUACUUGAAAUCAUGUCAAUUGAUGUAAAACAGUUCUUCAUAAUUAACAUUGUGAUUGCAAAUGUUAAUAUUAUCUAUCUUGGUCCUAAUGUUGGAAACAAAUCCUAUUUGCUGUUGACAUUUGGAAGAAUUUAGAAAACAUUAUUAAUAUUUUUGGAACAUAUAGGGCAGCAUCUCUACUCAUUUUUUCUCACAUGUAGAGGGUUAUAAAAAUGAUGGAAUCUUAAAUAUUUGUGCCAAAUUUUGAAUUUUACUGUUUUUCUAAUACUUUGUUUUUUAAUUAAUUAGGAAGAAAUCCAAUUUUAAUUGUUCUUCUUCAGAAAUAUAGGCAUCCUUGUGGAUAUAUAUUCAUUUCUAAUAUCCUAUUGAUCAAUAGGACUAGACAUAUUUAAGAAGAGAUUGUCACUGCGUUCUUGUAUUUGUCAGCUGGGCUCCCAUUCUGAGACUUACGGUAGACUGAUCUGAGUCUUAUCUCUGAACCACUGCGCGUGUCCACAUUCUUUCCACAUUCUUCUUCUUUUUUUUCUUUUGUUCGUCUGCCAGAACUUCUGCCGGCAAGGCAGGGAAGUUUGCCAAGAUGUAAUUAAUGGCUAGUAAGAUUGUUUUUUUAUUUCUUUAUAAUAAAAUGUGUUUCUUAGACUAUAUCCCGGCUUAUUUUCUCUUAAAGUAUGCUGCAAAGGAAAGCCACGGUCCGUCUCUAAUUAAGUGCAAUUACCUCCAGGGGUAAUUUAUACACCCUGACAGAGAUUUACAAUUUGUAGCUGGUGAUUAAGCUUUGCAGUAGCACAGAUUAAUGGGCAGUAAUAAUUCCUGCCAAACUAUAAUGUACAUAGUCUUCAGAGACUCUUGAUUUGGCAGAAAAAUUAUAGAUUUUUUGAGACAGUGUAACAAAGACAAAUUAUAACAAUAAAUAUUAAUAUACGUAAUAAAUUCAUUCAGACCUGCUGGGGACCAAUAAUUAUAUAAGUAGUUAAGAUUUCAUUGAUACAUAUUCAUGAGCUCUCUCUUUUUUAAAAAAAAUGAUCCAUGGGACUGCUAUAGGAAACUUGUCAGUGCCCUACGGAUGAAUCAUUUGGUUCCUGCAGAAUUAACUUGAGUGGUUUAUUAUUCUCUUUUGUAAUAAAUAAAUGUAUUGUUUUUUAAAUGAGAUGGGAAAAUUAAGAUGGAACUGACACAGUGCUGCAUUAAGCUAAACGUGCGCUUUAUAUGUCCAAAUUGCAUUGAAAUGUUGUAUUCCUUUUUUGUUCCAUGUUUUUGGGGAGGCAGUUAAAAGUGUUUCUCCUUGGACCUUAACCCCUCUGCUAUAUAACAUCUGCUUCUGAGAGUCAACACUAGGUUUCAGAAGCAAUCUGCAUGGUCUCCUGAAUAGCACAAACGUUGAUUAUACAGGGUGCUUGUUUUAAAUCAACUUUCAUUACUGUGAAACUACUGUGUUAUUUUUUUCUUAACACUUGGACUAGAAAAAUUCAGAUUGUGGCAGUUCCCAAAAGUACCAUUUGUAACAUUCUUACUCUUUCCUUAAAAAAGAGUAGAAGCCAAAUAUGUUUCAUACCAUAGCAAAUAGAAUACUUCACAAAUAAAAUAUUGUGCCAUUUAGGGGUACCAAAGACAUUACAAACUCUUUGAUUAUAGCACAAAUGAAUACUAUAAUGAUCUAUUAUAUAUUUUAAUUUCAAGGAAACGUCUCAAAUGUUGGAUCAGUUUGAUAAUGUAUCUAAUUUUUGCUUAUAAAUUUAUCAUUAAAAUGCUAUAUAUGUUUACAUUCAUAUAAAGGAACACUUGAGUUAAGUUCUUUUUAUUACCUAAUCAACUUUUUUUUCCUACGUUUUUGUUUGCCAGAUAUGGAGGUUAACAAAGAAUUGCUAAUGUAAUAAAAAAAUUGGACAUUUA